UGGCCUUGCAGUCAAACUUGCUUGCGCUGGCCCUUUAAGGACUGAAGGAUUUGGGAGUGACGCGGAUAUGAAACCCAGUUUAGUUAUCCUUUUUUUCUGCGCUAUGAAAAAUAUUUGGACAAACUAGACUAACGGCUGUCAGACGGCUUUAAUUAGCCAAUUAUGUUACCGGUUUACAUGACUUGUUGAAGGAAGCGAGCGACGCUGCGGAUAGGGCGACGAUCGGCCAGAAAGUCUUCCUCCGCCCGCCUUUCGGGGGAUUAUACUCUGAGAACUUUGGAGAAGUUCUUUGUAUUCGGGGCGGUCGAGAGGGCUUGGCCAGCGGGUUGAACAUGGACUGGGGCACGGAGCUUUGGGACCGAUGUGACGUCAUCGAGAAGCAUACGCACUCCGGGUUGGAGCUGGUGGAGAAGUAUGUGAAAUUUGUGAAGGAGAGGACGGAGAUUGAGCAGAACUAUGCCAAGCAGUUGAGGAAUCUGUUCAAGAAGUUUAAUUUAAAACGGAACAGCAAGGAUGAGCCAGAUGUCAGACUCACCAGCUACCAGUCGUUCAUGGAAGUCUUGAACGAGACAAACGACUACGCGGGCCAGAGGGAGCUGGUGGCCGAGAACAUGCUGAUGAACAUUUGCGCCGACCUCACUAAGUACCUGCAGGAGCUCAAACUGGAGCGAAAGUCGUAUCUGAUGGAGGCCAAGAAGGCCCAGCAGACGUUGGAGAGCACCAACAAGCAGCUAGAAAGCAGUAAAAAGCGUUUUGAGCGGGAAUGGCGAGAAGCAGAGCGAGCGUCGCAGAACGCCGACAAGACUGAUCAGGACAAUAACGCCACUAAAGCGGAUGUGGAAAAGGCGAAGCAACAAGCGCACAUGAGAGCGCACGUCGCAGAGGAAUGCAAGAACGACUACGCCGCUCAACUUCAGAAUUUCAACAAGGAACAGAAGCAGUUCUAUUUCACCGACAUGCCGGUCAUCUUUAAUAAAAUGCAAGAAUUGGACGAGCGGCGGAUGCGAAAGUUGGCGCAGGGCUACAUCUUGUACUCGGAUAUAGAGAAGCAGGUGAUGCCCAUCAUCGGCAAAUGCCUGGAUGGCAUCACCAAAGCCGGCACCAAUGUCAACGAGAAACACGACACCAUGGUGGUCAUCGAGCAGAACAAGUCGGGCUUUGAUCGGCCCGGCGACGUCGAAUUUGAGGACUUCAGUCAAGGCAUGAAUAGGACGUCGUCAGACGGCAGCGUGGGAACGCCCAAAGGCUCCAUUGACCAUACGGUUAAAAACCGAAGCAAAAACUUUUGGAUUUUCAGCAAAAAGUCCAAGCUCUCCCCUUCUACGCUCCCACCUUUCUCCACCCCUCCCGCCCCCUCGCCCAUUAACGGACCCCCGUCCCCCAAGUUUGGCCGGGACCCCCUGUCGUACUGUUUGAAGGAGAUCAAUAAGACAGUCAAACCCAGAAUCUCGUCCUUCCGCACACUCAGGAGAUCGCCGGCGGUCACGGAGGACUUCACGCACCUCCCUCCGGAGCAGCGCAGGAAGAGGUUGCAGGAGAAACUGGAGGAAACUGGCCGAAGGUUGCAGAAGGAAACCGAUCAAAGUGAGGCCCUGGAAAAGAUGAAGGGUGUUUAUGAGAAAAAUCCUGAUCUGGGAGACGCCGGCAGCCUCGUACCCCAAAUCAACCAUACGAAUCUGAAUAUAGAACGCCUCAGGCAGGAGCUAAACAAGUAUGAGACAUGGCUGGCUGAUGCAGGUGGUCGAGGAGACACGCCACGAUACAAAUCUCACUCCUUCAACAACAACGACACUCACGAACCGCUUAGCCUGGAUGGAGCACACUCCGAUGGUGGCACGCCCGACGCCUCCUCCCACGCCAUCUAUGCUGAGUUUGAUGAUGACUUUGAGGAUGAGGAAUUGGCGGCGCCCAUUGGGAACUGUACCGCCAUGUAUAACUUUCCCGGCGCCAGCGAAGGCACCAUCGCCAUGCAGGAAGGAGAAGUGCUGGCCGUGGUCGAGGAAGACAAAGGCGACGGCUGGACUCGCGUCCGUAGGAGCAACGGGGACGAAGGCUACAUCCCGACGUCUUACGUCUCCAUCUCGCUCCAUAAAUGACGCACGCAGGCGAGAGCAACAAGAUUGGACUCCCUUGAAAAAAAAGAUAAACAGUUAAGGGAGACAUCGUGAAGAUGUUAAAGCGCUUAUGGGCAGGACCAGAAGCGCUACCACGAAGUAGGGGAGGGGAGGGGGCGGGGCUCAUGCAAAUGUAGUCCCAAAUCGGUAAAAGCACGGUGCUAACAACGUGUGUUCCACAUGGUUUGCUCUUCUUGUAAUCCCACUUAGGAAAAACAUUUUCGGAUGAGUUCUCGGCAUCACUUUACAUCAACACAAGGUGACGCAUUUGCUUCGAGUCAGGUUUUGGACCUCGAUUGUCUCGGUGUGUUUUCAUUUUUGGUUGACAGCAGACAAUCGCAGACCAUCGUCCAAGCUAAAAAGACACAGUGGUUUCCUUUGCUGUGUUUUCUACUACAUGUAAUUUAUUACAAAUGUUUGUCCUUUUUUUUUUUUUUUUUUAAUGUUCCGCUUUGAAUUUAGUAAUUUUUUUCAAGUUCUUGCACACGCAGCGGAGAAUGUAGUCACAAAAGGGAGCAGAGGAAUGCACGAGUUGCAAAAGUAGUGACUAUUGUAUUUAUGUAAGAUACACUUUAGAGUCACAACAAGACCACUAUUGUCUUAUUUAACCUUUGAAAUGAAGAUUUUUACAGUGUGAUAGAGAAGUGAAAGACGCUAAUUAUUUGUAGUGCGUUGCUCUUAAUUGUCUUCAUACACUUUUAAGUUUGUUCUAAGCUACGUUUCGGAGGAAACAUUUGUCUUUGGUGCCUUUCAGCUAAGAAUCAUCAACGUUAUUUUUAAACAUGUCCAUAUUCACCACUUUUGCAUUAAAGUUAUUUUCCUGGUUCAGAACUAAAUAAAUCUGGAGCACAUUUUAAAGUUAAA